AUGCUGGCCGAUCCACAACCAAUUAUGAUUCAUAAGAAGCGUGGGAGAUCUGUUAAACCACGCCCACGAAAGCGUGAAGAGUCACAGUCUUUCUCAGACAUUGAAGACACCCUUGAGAACAUGAAUCAACUUUCUCAUCACGCUGUUACACGCACAAAGCCAGAAGACACCACAAUCGAGGACUACAUCUCGAAGAAAUCCCAGCCUAACUUCCAGGAUACUCUGCCAACCUCAGUCCUUUGCAGAGUCGCGACAAGCAAGGCUGUCGACAAGGCCUACUCCUACCUUUUCAAGCAGCUAAAGGGACAAUGUCACGGUCUCAAUGUCGUCAUAUAUCCACGAAUUAGUAAGGAUGAUAAACCUAGAGAACCAGCAGACGACUUGCCUGAUACCGUUACUCGAUUCGCGAUUCUCGCCUACAUCCAACCAGAAACAAAGCAUCAUAACUGGGAGGAGAUCGAAAAGGAUUUGGUUCGCAUCUUCAAGGACGCAGCUGAGAAGAAAGCAGGUGGGGAGGAGGCAAAGUGGCGUUUGGAAGGGGUGGUUUUUGAGUUGUGGGCUAUUGCGCCUAUCGCCUGGGAUCUCCGUUCUGGACAUCUAUGA